GAGAAGAAGAAGAACAACAACGUAAACACAGCUAACAUCCAUUGACUGUAUAUGCUAACAUCUAACGCUAAUGAUGCUAAUUGCUACCAGCCAAACUAAAAACCCAAUAGUUUAAAAAAUAAGAAAGAAAUAUUAAAAAAUAAAUAAAAUAAAAAAACAAUAGCGAGUAUUGUAAGUUAAGGGUAGAGUAUGUCAGUGGUAGCUAGCAGGCAGAGUAUGAGUAUCCCGUGAUAAAGCUAAUAAUAAAACUACUGUGGCUCCGACCGAUAAAAACAACAUGGUCCGUAAAAGAAGCGUAGCCUGGGGCUUUUUUAACACCGUGGACGCAGAGUCGGUGCAGUGUCUGCUCUGCCGGGGUCUGGUCAGACAUGGUCAGGGUAACAAGGGCACCACCACGAACAUGCUGAGACAUCUUCGUGUCAAACACCCCGCCGAGUUCGUCAAAAAAAUCAAGGGUCGUUUACCUGAAACUUCCUCCAUCGAUAACGGUGCCCAAGACAUGGAGGCGGACAGUGAACAGUUCUGCUCCGUGGAAGUGGCGCUGGAGGAUGAGACGUCUGAAACCCUCACCACCGGGUAUGAAGAUGACGUGACUUCUAGUAUAAAUGGCAUUGUGGAAGCUGCACAAGAAGGUCCAGCAGAUAAAAUAAUGCAUGAAGAGGAGAGUGAUGACCGCCCUGUGAGAUCCAGACAGAACAGACGGAGCUUGAUUUGGAGGCACUAUGAGCGCCUGGACAGUUUGGCUGCUGUUCGUUGCCGCAUUUGCAUGAAGAAGAUAAAGUGCUUUGAAGGCGGCAGCACCAGUAACCUACAUCGGCACAUGUCAAAGAGACACCCAGGGGUGUUCUCUCAGCUGGUGGCCAAUGGAAAGAACCCACCACGAUCCCGCUCAUCACAGGGCUCAAAUGUUAAUGGUGACACAUCGACACCACCAGAGACUGUUGAGGUGACAGAGGAGAUACCUUUUCCAGGUGUGCUGAAAGUUUCAAGAGCGUCUGAUGGAGAAAAGGGUGUGUUUAGGAGGGAGCUGGAGCUGAUAGAAGCUCUGAGGAGAGCACAGAGGGAGGAGGCUCGGGCUCUGGAGUAUCAGAGGGAGCUGCUUGAGAAGCUGCGUGCAGUGAAUGCCAGGGAGGCGGCUGCAGAGAGGGAGCAGAUUGAGUCAUUGAGGAAAGCACAGCUGGAGGAAGCCAAAGACUUGAGUAGACAGAAAGAAGAGCUGGAGAUGGAAAAGGAAGAGCUGCAGAAGAAAUGGGAAGAGCUUCAGCAGGAAAGAGAAGAACUCUUGAUUUCCAGAGAGGAAGCCUCCUGAUUCAUGUUGCUUUAAAUGCUUUGGGACUAAUUCUAAGACAUGAGGAUUUAAAAGUGUAAACUCCCUUUUAGUAAAAUAUAUUUUGCAAAAAAUCAGUGGAUAUUUGAUUUUGUUCCUGAUAUAGCCGUGUUGCUCUGCUUUAUGGCAUUUUAACAUUUCUUCUGCCCAUUCUGGUCAUGGUGUGAUACCCGACAUCACUCUGGAGUUAAAUGAAUAGAAAUGUGAUGCCGGACAAACCUCUCCGUCUCCACCCUGCUUCCACUCAUAGCUACAAAAAGCUAUUUUGAUAUGUAUAUAUAGUAGGCAGAGAUUGUGUGUGUGUGUGUGUGUAUGUGUGUGUGUUGCUUCUUGUUCUUCACGUCCUGAAGAAGAGGAUUAGCUGCAUAAAUAACUGUCAUAUGUUUGUCUUAUUCAAAUGUUCGAAUAGAGAUGGAUAAACACCAGAGCAUCUACCUUGUAGCUACAACAUGUUAGACGUGAACGUAGAUUUUUUUCUAUUCUAUUUUAAUUACUACAAGGGCUUGAAAUGAUCAGCCGAACUAAUUUGAAAUUUAAAUGUUUGUCCUUUUGUUUUUUUCUACCACAAUACAUCAUGUUGUCACUACCAAGUGGUGUGAUUCUGUUAUGAAAUUUAAUUUACCCUGAGACUUGAAUUGAGUCUCUUUUUCAUGGUCAUUUUAUUUAAAUCUGCAGAAACUGAUUGAGGGAGAACUCUUAUUUACAAUGACACAAAAAAUAAGGGCUUGCAGGUUGCAAUAAAGAAAGAAUAAGAAUACAUGUAGAGACUUGAAAAUUCACUAUAAGAGAGAAUUUGUAUAACCUCACUUAACAUAGCAGGUAAUACAUUAAAACAUUUAUGUGUAAGAUACCUUGACAUACUCUUCUUUAUUAAAUGAAUAAAUCACUAA